ACAACUGGAUAUAACCGUCAUUUGUGUCCCAAAUCUUAGUGAACUACUGAAAUUUUAUAUCUUAUGUAUUCUAAUUUAAGAAGGAAUUGACUCUAAUGAUAUCCUUUUGAAUUCUUGUAUAAAGUGUGCGUUUUAAGUUUUAAGGCUAUAAUAUUAUGGCAACUCGCGAUGUUCUUAAGGACAUACUUCUGCCGAUGCAAAAUCUAAAACUAUCGUCUCCUCUCCGCUCAGAUCAAGGCAAGGAUGACAAUAAGGAAAACAUACUUGCAGGUCAAGAUAUUCGGAAACCCAAAAGUGAAGGAAAAAGUUUGGAUACACAGGCGGACAAGAAAACGGCAAACCAGUCGGAAUGUCAAGAAAUUAACGGCAUUGACGUCAACCCGUACAGCAAGCCGGAAGGAAUUUCAUCAGCGACUACCCUGAUACCAUCAUCAGAUACAGAUUUAAAUUGUUCGUCGUCAGAAGAUUCGGUCAUUACCGAAAAUUCAAACUCAGUUAUUUUGGAUAGUGAAAGUUUGGUCGAAAAUAACGCAACUGUGAGCUGUGAAGUGAACAAUUUUGGUUUUAAUGAACCUGAACAGAAUUAUACACUAUCUCAUUGUGAACAGAAAACCUCAACACAUAGUUUAUAUGAUGAUUGUAUUGAUGUAAUCGGCAAAAAUACGGAGCAAGAAAACGAUGAAAACUCUUUGAAAAAAGUAAGUGACCCUUUAAAUUCUACUUAUGCCAUCGAAGACCAAUUUGAAUCCCUUGAAGAAAUAAAGGAUCUUCCUUCUGUUCAAGAACCACCUCUGACUCAUAUUGAUUCAAAUUCAUUUAAAACAACAUAUGAUCUGAACAGUACACAGGUGAUUGAUGAAGGUAUCGAUGUCACGAUCAUUAAAGAUGGAAGAUCUUCAGAUGUAUUGAAUUGUGAAGAAAAAUUGCAGAUUGAAAACACUCAUAAACAUUCUGGUAUUGUUUCAGACCAGAGUGAAAGAUGUGAUCAGAUAUUCAUUGAACAUUCUCAGAAUACAGAACCAGAAAUUAACGAGAAGACCUUUUCAACGAAAUCAGCUUCGCUUCAUGCAAAAUCACCAGAAAAAUCGACUCCUUGUACAGAAAAAGAAAUAUUUACUGAAUUAAUAGAGCGUGAGGUACUAAACGAAAGUAUAGAGGAGAAAAUUUCAAGAAAUUCACUGCUGAACAUUACUAAAACUAAUUGUUCAGUUGAGGAUCUCGAAAAAAGUACUGCAAAAUUGGUUUCUGAUAGUUCCAAUAGAUCUUUGGACACAUCAGUUAUUUCUACUCGAUUGUCUGAAUCAAUUUCGAAUGAGUAUAGUUUGAAUAGCCAAACUGAUACUGGUGAAGUGAAUGUUUUGGUAGAGCAACAAACUGAUUCUGAAACAAAUAUUUCCACUGAACAGAUAGAAAGUUCGGAGAAAUUAGUAAUAGACGUACCAGACCUCACUAAUCAAGUAGUGAACAAGUCAUUUCCUGCUUUAACUGCAUCAACUUCCGAACCUGAAGUCGUAGAUAGCCUAGAGAAAUCAAGUACAGAAUUAAAUUGUACCUCAUCGAAGUUAUCUGAAAGCAGUUCUUCCAGUGCAGUUGGUGAAAAUACUAAAUGCUGUUAUUCAGAAUUAGAAGAUGUUCCCACUAGAUUAGACGUUGAAACAGUUGAAAAACGAGAAAUCACCAAAGAAAUUGAAGAAACUCCAAACAUUCCACAAAAAAAGAUGGAGGAAAUCAAUGAAAAACUGCAACAGGAUUUUUCUGACAUGAAGUUAGAAUUGAAUGCUGCUCAGCAAGCCAAAGCCAUUUUGGAGCUUGAAAUAAGUAAGAAAGAUGAAAUAAUAUUGAAAACGGAAGCAGAAGCAAUGAAGAAGGAACAACAUUAUAUGCAAGAGAUAAAGGCCUUGAAAGAACAACUGAAAGAAAAAGUAAAUAGUAUUAACGAAAAAGAUACCAAGGAUUCAUUGAAGGAUUUGGAGGAGGCUUUCAAGGAAGCUAAAGCUAAAGAAGUUGACGUUAUGAAAGUUUUGGAGGAAUACGAGAAGACAAUUGCUACUCGAUUCGCAGAUUAUAAGAAGUUGAAAGAGGAAAAUGCCACUGUGAAUAGGCAUUUAUCGAAUUUAGAAUUGUCGUUCUCAGAUUUACAUCAGAAAUACGAGAAGGCAAAAUCAGUGAUCUGCGGCUAUAAAAAGAAUGAAGACAAACUAAGGAAAUCAUUGUCGAUGUACGAAGAAACAUUCCUAAAACAGGAAGGUAGAUAUGAAUCUCUCAAGGCUCAUGCCCAAACGCAAAUUGACAAGUGUAAUAUAGAAAUUUCUCAGCAGAAAGAUAAAUAUGAUGGCGAAAUAACCAAACUGAAGGCGAUUGUCAAAAGAUUAGAAAUUAAAAACGCAGCUUUAGAAACAUCUCUAGAGCAAAAAACGAAGGAAUGUAUAGCAUUAGCGGCACUGUGUGAUGAAGUUACUGGUGAAAAGUUUUGAGUAGAAUUUUUUAUACAUGUAACCUGCUAUUAUUAAUCAGCCAUAUGACGUCCAGUGUCUUGUACCUUCAAAUGUAAUGUGCAUCUUCUGAAAAUUUUAAUGUAUUUUUUUGUCCUAUCAUAAUCUAUAUUAAUUAUAUUCUUUAGGAUGUUUAA